UGCCUAGAUACGAACGCGGAGGGUGGCGCAUUCAAUAGUCGUAUGUGAAUGAAACUGGCUCGUUGACGGUGGACAUUGUGGUUCCGCGUAUCCCCUGUCAUCGACGAAUGACCUUCCUGGACGGGAGCCCGAAUGUCGCCGGUUUCGCUAGCGCUCUGGUGAAGAAGCGCUAGAUGCGAAAACAGCGCCAUUUCUGUCGGCGUCCAUGAUACGCGCUGCUACCGCAGCAGAUUCCAGAGCUCGAGCUCGGAACGGCAGCGGGAGAGAACUAGCCGCUCCCCUUUCGCUGCUUCUUCACUUCAGGCCACGGCAGAUCGUGCCGGUGCAGUAAGACUCAGUCCCACCAUGAACCUCUCUGCCUGAGACAGAAACACGUCUUGUGUUUUGCUCAGCGGCCGGGAGCUUUCAGCAGCCAUGCCUUGCCAAGCCCCUUAAGUACAUCCUGCUGGAGUGACGCCCCACCCCCACCCUCACCUCAUCGUCCAGAUCGGCUCCGCCUCGUCCCAUUUCGCCUUCACUAGCUUCCCGCCAUGAGGCUGCUCUGCCUGAAGAUGGCCUACACCUGAGGUCCCAUGCGUCCUGUGAGCACCGAUUCAGACGGUCCUGCUCCUCCUGAGAACCUCUCUUGCCCCUUCCCCCUGCCCGCUUCAGAGAUGUCCUUGCUCCAGUCGCUGGGGCCGGUGCAGAGCUGGCUCGGCCAGGAGCUCGAGAAGUGUGGGAUCGACGCCAUGAUCUACACCCGCUACGUCCUGAGCCUUCUCCUGCACGACAGCUAUGACUACGACCUGCAGGACCAGGAGAAUGACAUCUUCCUGGGAUGGGAGAAAGGAGCCGGGAAGAAGUGGGGCAAGGGCAAGAAGAAAGGAGGGACCGACCUGAGUCUAGAGGAGAUAAAGAAGCAAGCCGCCGUGCAAUGCCUUCGCUCUGCAUCUGAUGAAAACUCUGGAAUUGAGAGUCUGGUUGAAGAGCUUUGCUCUAAACUUAAGGACAUCCAAAACAAACAGAAAGAAGAGAAACGCAUUCAAAAGAAAUCGGAUGGCUGUCAGUCACCAGAACGUGCAGAUUCGCCUUCUUCUAAGGACCAGGUGGAAAUGUACUAUGAAGCCUUUCCUCCUUUGUCAGAGAAACCUGUUUGUCUCCAAGAGAUCAUGACGGUGUGGAACAAGGCCAAGGCCUGCACAUACUCCAGUUCAUCAUCCUCUGCAGCUCCACAAACCAGCACAGACACCUCUUCCCCCAAAGACUGCAACAGUGACGGUGAGGCUGCAAAAGAGCGACACCUCGAGGCAUGUGGUACCAUCCCUACUGUGACCAGCGAGAGAGGCCAGCAACGACGGAACAAGAAAGAGAAGGAAAACCGAUGCCAUGGUGGCGCAGCAGCGGAGGAGAAGACCAUCAGUCACUCUAAGAGACAGAUCAGACACAGAUCUGAGGGCAAAUAUCGACCCAGAUCCUGGUCUUCUGGUUCUAGUGAGGCAGGGUCGAGCUCCAGCGGGAACCAGGGUGACACAAAGUCAUCCAGAAGCAAAACAGUUAGAGUAAGGCACAAAUCCAGGGAGGCUGCAAAGAACAAGAGGACACGCAACAACGGGCAGGUGAAGCUGCAGAUGAAGGUGAUCGAUAAGGAGGAAAGAAGAAACGUGGGAGCGAGUGGCGGCGGCAUGACCGGCAGCGCUGCUAAACAACCACAGCUUUAUAAGAAGGGGAAGAGACCAUUGAAGGAGAUUCGUAAAGAGCUGGGCUGGCUGGAAGCAAGGGAGUCUGCAGUUGAGGCCAGAAACAAAAAAGAGUACAAGGAGGAGCCCCUGUGGUACACCGAGCCCAUCACGGAGUACUUUGUACCAUUCAGCAGCUGUCAAAGUAAGCUUGAAACGAAGUAUCGCAGCAAGAUGGGCUCUCCGGAUGGCUUCAGCUUUUCUGCGGAAAUGGAAAGGCUGCCCGAAAAUAUCCAGGGAAUCUGCAUUGCCAGCGAGAGCUACCAGCGGGCCUAUCUACCAGCUGGCUCGUUUGUGGACGGGCACUUCGUGGAAGCGCCUGGCAACGCGGACAAUGAACCCGCCGACCUCACUGACACUUUGCGUUGCCCUCAGCCAGAAGAUAGUAGAGAUUUAGAUGACAAGCAUCUGUCUGAAUUCACCGACUUCUAUGAAGUCGAUAUUUAUCAAUCCAUAUUGGAUACUAGUGCCUCAGACACGUUACAAGAGAGUCGGAUCUUGAGCCUGAUUCGACAGAAAAGCAAAGAGCAAGGAGACAAUGAGGCAGAAUGCUGUUUAGUGUUAGAUGGCCUUGAGCAGCAAGGGAAAAGUGCAAUACAGGCAGACUCACAGGAAGCUUCGGGAACUGUUGGGUUUUUAAUGGAGGAUUUUGAAAACUUGGUACAUGUAUGGGGGUGUUACUCACCGUCUUCUUCCGAAGACAUAGACGGGGAAAGCUUCCUUGGAGACUCUCCCGUCCGGCUCUCUCCGCUGCUGGAUAGUGUGUCGUUGACUCUGAGCAAGCUAUCCAGACCACUAGAAGAACCGGCCGUUCCUGAAGCUCCCAGUGAAGCAUCUGCUUUGGAUUCAUCCUGCUUCUCCCUUUUCGAGGUGCAGUGUGAUGGUGCCACUUUUCCCUUCCCCCGAGACUCGCUUUCUGUCAGUCACGAAAACAACACCAGUUCUAGUAGCUGUCUCGAUCCGCAUUCUAAUAAGCAGUCCCGCUUGCUAAUAUGGACCAAAAAUAGUGCCUUUGACGAAACGGAACACUGUUCGAACCUAUCGACGCGAACUUGCAGCCCAUGGUCGCAUUCAGAGGAGACUCGGUCGGACAACGAGCAGGGCAAUGCUCUGGCGGAGGACGUCGCUCCGUUCGGCAGAGACGAACCGGACAGAGUCAUCCCUCCUCCUCUUUCGGGUAUAUAUCUAGAAGAUGAAAUCUUGGAGUUUUUGCAGGAGGACUCGGGCAAAAAGUGUGAAAAAGUCAGCGUCAGCACAGCACCCAAUCAGACCUUUACCAAAAAAUCUAAAUUAGAGUCCAUUUGUGGCAUAGCGCUAGAAAGGGAUGAGAGCAAACCGUACAGCACAGACGUGUUUUCAGACAACUCGAACCAACAGAGUGACGAUUACAGCUCAGGGAUUAUAAAAGACAUUUGGACCGCAAUAGGAGACGGGAAAUUUGCCGCAUCAAAGCACGGGGCAGACAAGCCAGGCAAGGGGCUCUUCUCUGAUGAGUCUGACACUUGCUGUUGCCGGUGUCUAGAGGUCCAGGCUAAAGGAGUUUCGGUACAGGGACCUCAGAAAAAGGCUGUGCAGCGAUCUGAGUAUCGCCUUUGGGACGGCAAGAAAGAAGAACACGACUUGGCCAAAAACAAACUCUCCAAAGUAGACGCCGCUGGGGAUUACAUGACUCCGUCCAAGCCCUGGGACUUGAACUCCGACAAGGAAAGUACAUCGUUCAUCCUCGGAGGAGUGUAUGGAGAGUUGAAAACACUAAGCGGCGAUAAAAACUGGGCAGUCGUGCCGCCGAGCGAUACUCAAGAUAGCUUGCUGCAGUGUGCCGCUGCUGCUGCUUCCGCGUCCAGCUCCGACAUGCUGACUAUCACGGGCAGGGAUGUAUUCAUGAACACUGGCAGCCGCUUUGCCCCUGGGCACCGGCCCCUAUGGAGGCCCCUCGUUUCCUUUGGGCAGAGCGAUCAGGCCAUUAAAGGAGGCGGAGACGGAUUGAAUAAGGGAUUUUCUCUGAUCUUCCAUGAAGAUUUGCUCGGAUCAUACGGGGGCUUGCACAGAGAGGAGCAAGGUCUAGAGUACCCGUUUGCAUCCAUCAACCUGAACAAUCCCUUCUCUCAAGUCCUCCAUGUCGAGUGUUCCUUUGAGCCUGAGGACAUGGCUUCUUUCAGUCCGGGAUUCAAGCCCAAAUCUAUUCUUUGCUCGGAUUCAGAGAGCGAAGCCUUCCACACUCGAAUUUAUGGCAUCAACCGGACGCAGUACAGAGCCAUCCGCAUUUCACCCAGGACUCAUUUCCGACCAAUAUCGGCCUCAGAGUUGUCUCCUGGCGGUGUUAGCGAUUCGGAGGCCGAGACCGACAAAGAAGAAAUGAGUUUUCCCAUUGUGGCGCCGGUGGAUGUGUUCGACGAUCCUCAGGCCGACCUCAAACCUCUGGAGGAGGACGCCGAAUGCGAGGGACCUUAUUACGGGAAGUCAGAACUGGAAUCUGGUAAAUUUUUACCAAGAUUAAAGAAGUCUGGCAUGGAGAAGAGUGCCCAGACCUCUCUGGAUUCGCAGGAGGGCUCAAGUACCCUUCUGCCGAUUGCCGAGCAAGAGAGCGGCUUGAGCUGCAAAACGGCAGCAGCAGCCGUGCCGAGUGCAGGCGAACAGGUGGAUGUGGGCGAGAUUCAACAAGAAGAAUCUGCAGAGGAAAAGCAGCCCCACUUAAGUUCACCAGCAGGUCAGAUCCCCAAGUAUGGGAUCGCUUAUGACUAUGUUGGCGACAUGCAAGAGUUCCCUCUGUUAAAUAGAAGUGGUCAGGGAGGAAUUGGCAGCCAGCAAGAUGAGUUCUGGUGGCAGAACACAAUUUGUUCCCCCCUUUUCCCUGGUUCUCAGUGUACAGGGAGCAGCAACAUUUGACUUCUCCAGUUUUGCGGAGGACACCUGUCACCGAGAGGAGAACUUCCUCUGGUCUUGGGACUGGACCUCUACCAGCAAAAGAUUCAGGAAAACCUAACGUAGGCUAAUUUUUCUGAGACUCCCUCUCCAAAAACCUCCCCGUCCCAACAUAUAACCCUGUUGGCUUUUCAUUUACUAACGUAAAAACAACAACCUUGUGUAAUCAACAAUCAGAUCAACAAAAAGAGUGGAAAAAAAAAAAAGGUAAAA